AUGUCGUGCUCAAGCACUGGCGGUUAUCUAAUGGGCGGUUCAGUACCAUUCAUACAACGACCUCAUUCACCCCCAAUUCUUACAAUUCCUAAUACAGGGCAUAUUCCGAACUACUCACUCAAUAAUAGUCUUCCCCCACAAGUCAUCUAUAAACCAAACAAUCAAGAAAUUAAUUACAAACAAAAUGUCUAUGUUCGCUGGUUGAAACCUCCAACACCACCACCGCUCGGACCUGUCAUUAUUCGAGAAAUUCAACCACCGCCUGUAAUCCCACCACCCAUCAUCUAUCGGCAUAUUCCGCCGCCUCAACCAACACCCCCUCCGAUUAUUGUUCGAGAACCACCGCCGCCCUGUCCACCUCCUUGUCCUCCGCUAGUAAUUGAAAAACGUCUUCCUGCUCCUUGCCUACCUCCACAAGUUAUUGUCGAACAAUGUCCACCGCCUCCACAGCCACGUCAAGUAAUAAUAAAACAAGAAACAUGUCAGCCGGCUCCUUGCCGACGGUUAGUGCGCGAAAUCAUCCGACAAGUUCCACAACAAUGUGCACCUGCUCAACCAGCGGUUGUGUGUACUCAGCAGAAACAACACCAGAUCAUCCAAAAUCCGCCUCAAAUAACUCAAGAGCUAACGCCUGUCUAUGCAACAAGACGACAUAUUAUACAACCUCGAGGUAUUCGUGUCAUUCGACAAGUUGUUGGUCCAGCACAAUCAUCAUACGUCGGCAUUCAACAACAACAAUGUGUACAGAAUCCUUCUGCUAUCGGAGCAUCUAUACUUCAAGGACUACCAGCAGGUCUUCUGCAAUAA